UUUCAUUAAACAAACAGGAGCGCCCGAAACCUGCGCCCGGUGCCAGCGGCGGCGCGGGCGGGAGGCGGAGGAGAAGGAAGAGCGCGGGAUGGCCGUGGAGGGGGGUCUGUGAUCCCCGUGCACUCUUCCUUCCCCCCGCCAGGCGCACCCGCUUGCACACACACACACAUACACACACACUCGCACAAACACAUCCCCGUACCCGCCCGCGCCGCGCGCUCGCCGGCUCGCUCUCCCACGCAGGCGGAAUGCAGCAGCGCCCCGGGCGCGCGUCUCCGGCCGCCGCCUGAAUGCACCUCACUCCGGGGCGCCGGCCGGCCCAGUAGGGCGCACGGGAGGACGCUCGGCCGCGGAAGCCUGGACAGUUUUAGAUGGUGGAGCCUUCUACAUGGUGUGAGAAAUGGCUGUGGGAAACAACACUCAACGAAGUUAUUCCAUCAUCCCGUGUUUUAUAUUUGUUGAGCUUGUCAUCAUGGCUGGGACAGUGCUGCUUGCCUACUACUUCGAAUGCACUGACACUUUUCAGGUGCAUAUCCAAGGAUUCUUCUGCCAGGACGGAGAUUUAAUGAAGCCUUACCCGGGGACCGAGGAAGAAAGCUUCAUCACCCCACUGGUGCUCUACUGUGUGCUGGCUGCCACCCCAACUGCCAUCAUUUUUAUUGGUGAGAUAUCCAUGUAUUUCAUAAAGUCAACCAGAGAAUCCCUGAUUGCCCAGGAGAAAACUAUUCUGACCGGAGAAUGCUGUUAUCUGAAUCCUUUACUCCGAAGGAUCAUAAGAUUCAUAGGGGUGUUUGCAUUUGGACUUUUUGCCACGGACAUUUUUGUAAAUGCUGGACAAGUGGUCACGGGGCAUCUCACUCCCUACUUCCUGACGGUGUGCAAACCCAACUACACCGGCGCGGACUGCCGGGCUCACCACCAGUUCGUCAGCAACGGGAACAUCUGCACUGGAGACCUGCAGGUGGUGGAGAAGGCGCGGAGAUCCUUUCCCUCCAAGCACGCGGCCCUGAGCAUUUACUCCGCCUUAUAUGCCACGAUGUACAUCACAAGCACAAUCAAGACAAAGAGCAGCCGCCUGGCCAAGCCGGUGCUGUGUCUGGGUGCCCUCUGCACAGCCUUCCUGACGGGCCUCAACCGCGUCUCCGAGUACCGCAACCACUGCUCGGACGUCGUCGCGGGCUUCACCCUGGGCACCGCCGUGGCCCUGUUCCUGGGAAUGUGCGUAGUCCAUAACUUUAAAGGAACGCAAGGGUCUCCUUCCAAAUCCAAACCCGAGGAUCCCCGUGGAGUGCCCCUAAUGGCUUUCCCAAGGAUAGAGAGCCCUCUGGAAACCUUAAGUGCACAGAAUCAUUCUGCUUCCAUGACCGAAGUUACAUGAGAAGGCUGAUGUGUCACACAAUGUUUUUUAAUCACCCUCCAAUUCGAUACUUCAAGACACACGGUUACUGAAUGUCAAACUGUGAAGACAAGUAUUAUGUUUAUCUAGUUAGAAGCUAAUGUUUUGUACAUUUUUUGUAUGAGGAAGUGAUGUAGCUUGCCCUGAAUUUUUUUUUGUCAGCUUUAAUAUAUUGAUGGCAGAAUUUUAAGACCAACAAAAUUUUCUUCCUGUUCAAGUGUGCAUUGAAGAACCAUGGUUGAUGUUGUUUUGUGAGAUUUGUACACAGACCUUCUUUUCUCCAUUUUAUAGACAGAAAUAAAAUUAAUAUAACAAUU